AUGGCUGCGAUGCAGUUCUACUCGAACACAUCUCUAGAUACAGAAGAUGAUGACGAGAUCCUGGAGAAAGCUAAGGAGACAACGAACUCCGAGAAUUCCAGGCGGAAAUUCGCCCGUCAACGGACACCCUAUAUGGUGAAAAUGGCACAAGGCCACCGACUGAUCGUCUCGUCGUUUUUCGUCCGUAAACAUCAAAUAAAGUUCCCGGGUGCAUUAGGGUUGUACAAAGCUGGGCGCUACCACAAAAAUGGGAUGUAUACGAGACGAAUGGAGCAUUUAUAG